CAAGCGUCCACCACCCCUCAUUACGACCGUCUACUUACAGCUUCACAGAUCAGACCGAAAUGGACGUUGAUAUGAAGGUAAAAGAGGACGUCGACGACAAGCGCGAGAAGGAUAAGGAGUACGAGCGCGACAGGGACCGCGAACGGGACAAGGAUAGGGAGAGCAGCAGGAGAGACUCGGGCAGGGAUCGUGACCGCCGUGAUUCAGGUCGCACUCGCGGGUCGGGCAGAGGAGAUCACUGGGAACCUGAGCGCCGUCGUCGCUCACGUUCCCGGUCGCGUUCGCGUCGUCGUUCCGCGUCGCCCCGCAGGCGUUCGCGCCGUUCUCGCUCUCGUUCGGGAUCACACUCGCGUUCGCGCAGCCCGCGAUCUCGUUCCAGGGACCGCAAGCCGGCCGAGCCGUUCCCGCGCUCUCUCGGUGGACCCAUGAACGCCCCGCACGAGGAAGCCGUCGAGUUCGCCAAACAAAGCAAGCGUGAAAACCGGGUCUAUGUCGGCAACCUCAGCUACGACGUCAAGUACAGGGACCUGAUGGAAUUCAUGAGGGGAGCUGGUGAGGUCCUGUUCGCCGAAGUCCUUAUUACACCGACUGGUAUCUCGAAAGGAUGCGGUAUCGUCGAAUUUGCCUCUCACGAAGAUGCCAUGCGUGCCGUCAAGGAGCUUUCUGAAAGCCCUCUUCUUGGACGGCCUGUCUUCAUUCGUGAGGAUCGUGAGAACGAAUCUCGCUUUGGUGCCACGCCAGUGCCAGGUAAGAUCGGCAUGGCUAUGGCUGGGCAAGGCUUGCAUGCUGCGCCACCUCCUCGGCCUGCCUUCCACAACACUUUUGGAGGCGCCGGACACAACCCUGGCAAUCAGCUUUACGUUGGCAAUCUCCCGUAUCAAGCCGGAUGGCAAGACUUGAAAGACUUGUUCCGCGAGGCUGGAAAUAUUGUUCGCGCUGACAUCAACAUCGGCGCCGAUGGGAGGCCCAAAGGCAGCGGAACUGUCAUUUAUGAGACAGCGAAAGACGCUCAAUCGGCUAUCAACAUGUUCAAUGGCCACAACUGGUAUGGCCGUAUGCUCGAAGUCCGCGAGGAUCGCUUCGCAGGUCUUUCGGGCCCGGGUGCCUUCCGUGGCGGCCUGCGUGGUGGAUUCAGGGGUGGCCUUCGCGGUCUUCGUGGUGGAUUCCGUGGUGGGUUCCGUGGUGGGUUUGCUGGUGCUCAUGCUGCUGGAGGUCGCGAUUUCUCCAACCAAGAUCUGUACGCCGACUAUUCUGGCCCCGAUCAACAGUCGGGCACUGGACUGAGGAUGGACAGUUAUGGCAGCGGCGGGGCUGGCGCUGGCGCGUUCGGCGCUCCUACUGGUCCUGCGUUCGGGGCCGCUGGAUUUGACGCUGAACCGAGCCAGCAGAUCAUGGUUCGCAAUCUGCCAUGGUCUACGGCAAACGAGGACUUGGUAGAGUUGUUCGAGACGACUGGACAAGUCGAACUUGCAGAGAUUCUGUACGAGGGUUCUAGAUCCAAAGGCGCCGGUGUCGUGCAAUUCGCUGCUAUCACUGAGGCGGAGACUGCCAUCGCAAAAUUCCAGCAAUAUAUGUACGGUGGACGACCUCUCGACGUACGCUUCAACGACCGCUGGCAUACUUUCACGCCUACGGCGGCCAAGGGAGGCCAAACAGCCCCCAUGGUGGCCGAAGCUGCGUGAAGAGCUGUCUUAUCUCGAGCGCUUGAGCGUUCGCCUUUCGUUCUCGUGAUCUCACUUCAGCCAGCCCCUUCAACCAAGCGACCGACUGAUUUGAGAUCGCCUUCCCCCAUUUGUCGCCUUCGUUGUCUAUUGCCUUUGGUCUCUGUUGCCGUCCUGUCGUCCUUCACCGGUGCUUUACCCUUGAGGGCUAUGCCUUCAUCCUCUUGUUUCCUGAGAACUCCAUUCCCGCAUAAAAAAUGUCUUAUAUGUCGUAUGUGCGCUGUUCGCGCGUUCUUUGACCGACCUGUUUCUUGUUCGCACUCCUGCCGCAUGUA